AUGGCCGAAGUGAUCACUCUUUCCGACAGCGACGACGAUGUGAUAGCGGUGCCGCCACAGAGACUUCCGAUCGCUUCCCGGAUUUCGGUGCCGGCGAGACCUCCGAUGACUCCCAGGACGUAUGAAGAGCCGCCGAGCACGUCUAGAGCCCCUGAGACGAACAGACCGAUUUGCAGUAUGAAUGGCGCAGCGAACAGAGCAUCGGCAGCAGUGGCGGGAACGUCGGCGACGGGAGCGGGCGGACAGGCGACUGCGCACAUCGGAGCGGUCAACAAGAUCAGUUUGGAGCAGUUGGGAAUCAGGCGGUUGACGGACGUCUACAACAAAAAUCAAAGGCUCCGGUCCGGCGAAGUCGAAGGAGAGAUUCGGCAGUCUCCGGCGGUCGCUUCAGUACGUGCGACCGGGUUGAGAACUCAGAAAAGGUAAAAUUCUGGUCUCUCGAACAUUUUUUAACUCUUCAAUACACAGAUCGUCUCCUGUCGCCAUGCCUGCCGCCAGCUCCAACUACGUUCCCACGACUACAGCGUCGACGUCGCGGACAAGAGCCAACGCGGCGAAUCAGGCAGAGUUCAAGUACAGCGGGCAUUACAUGUUUGAGGCGACGGAGGGAUUUGACCACAACAGAAGGUCGACGAGAAACUUCAAGAGAAUCGACGGAAAGUUCAUUGUAAGUAGCAGACACCAGCUUUCAAUACAAAACAUUACAUUUGUCUAACAUUUCAGUGCUCGUUCAACUCGGCGAAAUGCUACGUUCUCUGCUCUGGGGCCGUCGGGACCAUCAACCACGCUUGGGCCCACGUCGUCAGCGAUGCGCCGCCCUUACCGGCGCCGAAAACCAUCAAGAGAGGGUCUGAAGAUGAAUCGUCGGGUGUCAGCCAAAAGCUCGUUUCCAGCGAUGGUUUCAUCUAUUCCGACGGGUCGGAAAUCGUGCUGUCGGACAAUAGCAAACUGGAGACGCGGCGAAUGCACACGUGUCCGUACUGCAAUGCGCUCUUCCAAACGGCGUUCCAAAAGACAAAGCACCUGACGAGAUGCCAUUUGUCGCGAGAAGAAAGCCCGAAUUCUCUGUGCCACAUCUGCGAGACGGAUGUGAGUGAAUGCGUUCGAACGAUUAAUUCGAAAGCGCGAUGAUUUAUUUUUGCAGCUCGAGUCCGAAUUGGUGCUCCGUUCGCACAUGCUGAAGCACAAGCCGGGAGAGUCGCCGUACGUGUGCGCCAAGUGCAAGUAUCGUACUUCGGUCCGCGCGUUCUUCUACCAGCAUUACAUCGAACGGCACAGCACCGAGUAUGUUCCACUUCAGCUCAACUUCAAAAAGAACUCAUUUUUGCAGAACACUCGUCUGUCCAAUCUGCCUCCAACACUUUGAGCUCGUGCCCACAGUCCGCCGUCAGAAACGCAUCGAAGUGACGUUGUUUAUGAACCACAUGCGAGAUCACGCAUACGGAAAACAGUGGCGUUGCGGAAGCUGCGCCCUUCAGUUCAACGACGAAUCGCGGUGGAGAGAGCACCGCGAGAAGGACCAUGAUCCGCUGACAAGAACGUGGAAUGUGGUCGAACGGACCGAGAUAGUCAUAAAUACGCGGGCGGUCGGCUCGAAAAAGCACAGGUUGCAAAUGGCGCAGAAGGCGUUCUUCGAAACCACCGAAGGGAAGAGAAUAAACGACGAAGUGGCGUGCAAAGACGGCGCCGAACGGCUCGGACACGACACGUCGGCGUGGGGAAACACUCUUCACACGUGCGCGUGCGGAUUCCAGUCGUACAACGGCAACAGAACCGCUUCGCAUUUUCACAAGUGUCGCCAAUUGAUAGUGGUAAGAAUUGGAGAUUGCUUCUUUUUUAGUAAAUUUAACUUUUCAGUCUCGGGAUCACGAUCGAGAGAGACCAGUUCGCGACGAAGAUCCGUCCGAGGAGCUCAUUCUGUUCAACGUCUAUCCGCCUCUGUCGCAUUCAGAAAUUGAGACGAAAGCGAUAGAAGAGGAGAAUCGAAGAAAAAUUGUGAUAGACCAGACGAACGAUAUCAUGAAAGACCUGGUUUACCAACCGCAACAAGAUCUCCGUCUUCUGUGAGUAGAAACACUUCCUAUCACUUUUUUACACAAAUAAUUUGUUUUUUUUUCAGGAAAAUGUUGGCUGAACUUGUGCCUCGCGCGAGUGAGAUUAUCGACGAAUGCGCGGCGAACGUCAGUGAACCUUUCUAA